AUGCAGUCGAAGUGGGAGUUGGAAAUGGAUCAUUAUGACCUCCAUAGGCAGAGAAGGGAUUUGAAGCACAAAGGAAGGAACGUUGUUUGGUCACUUGCAAUGGAUAAGUGUUUAAUUGAUGCUCUUGCUGUUCAAGCUAGAAACGGAAACAAAAUUGACAAGUGCUUUAAUGAAAAUGCCUACACUGCUGCUUGUAUUGCUGUGAACUCUCGUUUUAACUUAAAUUUAAACAAUCAAAAAGUCAUUAAUCGUCUUAAGACCAUAAAGAAGAGGUAUAAGGCAAUGAAGGAUAUGCUUAGUCAAGAUGGUUUCAGGUGGAAUCCAAGUACGAAGAUGAUUGAGUGUGACAAUGAAGAGCUUUGGAAGAGAUACAUCGCAGCACACCCUGACGCAAGAGGGAUUCAAGGGAAGCAGAUAGAGAUGUAUGAUGAACUAAAAAUUGUAUGUGGAAAUUAUCAAGCCCCUAGUCGCUGGGCUAAGAUGAAGGAUGGAGGCCAUCCAAGUGACAUGAAGAAUUGUGAAGAUGAUUCUGCCUCAUUUCUCUCUCCAAGCUCCGAUGACCUAAGUGAGACAGAUGGAACAGAGUCAUAUAGUGGACCAGAUGAGUAUACCAAGAUGCCAGAUGGUAGUCAAGACCCCCCUCUGAUCCAGCCCCUUAGACAACUUCCAAAACGCCCUCGUGGCUCAGAAGCCCUUCAGGAUGCAAUGAUGGCUGUGGCAUCAAGCAUUCGUCGCUUGGCUGAUGCAAUGGAGCAAAGCAAAUACUCUAUUGAUGCCUCUGAACUACUACAGGCGGUGAUGGAAAUUGAUGGCUUGGAAGAGGCUAAGCAGAUGUAUGCAUUUGAGUAUUUGAAUGCUGACCCUGUCAAAGCUCGAGCUUUCAUGGCAUACAAUGCUCAAAUGAGAAAAUUAUACUUAUUUAGACAGUUCUGGUGGUGGAAGUAA